AUGGUGCAGCGGCGCGCCAGUGAUCUCCACGGAGGGUUGGGUGUCGGCGUCGGGGUGUCGGGGGGAAGAUGCAUCGGUAGUCGGAGGCCAGACAGAGAAGGAGAUGGAGAGGAGAGACUGAGGAGGGCAGGGAAGAGGAGAGAGGCGCCGUCGUCUGAAACUGUGGGGGAAAGAAGAAGAGAAGGAGAGGAGGAUGCGGUUGGGGUUGGGGUGAUCCGGUACGGAAUCGUGGGGGUGGGGAUGAUGGGGCGGGAGCACGUGCUGAACCUGCACCACCUCCGCGAGGAGGGCGCCCUCGUCACGUGCGUCGCCGACCCCCACCCCGACUCCCUCGCUCUCGCCCUCCAACUCCACCGAUCCCUCCUCCACCACAACAACAACUCCUCCCCUCCUCCCCAAGCAUUCUCGGGACACCGCGAGUUAUUAGACAGUGGGCUCUGCGACGUGGUUGUUAUAUCGUCUCCGAACAUGACUCACUUUGAAAUCCUUAUGGACGUCAUCCACCAUCCGAGGCCUCACCACAUUCUUGUCGAGAAGCCGUUGUGCACCACCAUUGAAGAUUGCAGAAAGGUCAUAGAGGCUGCUAAAAAGAGACCCGAGAUUCUUGUGCAAGUUGGACUAGAGUAUCGGUACAUGCCUCCGGUGGCUAAACUAAUCGAAGUUGUUCAAAGCGGCACGCUGGGGCAAGUAAAAAUGGUGGCGAUUCGCGAACAUCGGUUUCCUUUUCUCGUUAAGGUCAACAACUGGAAUAGAUUCAAUGUUAAUAGUGGCGGAACGUUGGUCGAGAAGUGUUGCCACUUCUUCGACUUAAUGCGGCUGUUUGCAGCUGCAAAUCCAGUUCGCGUGAUGGCUUCUGGAGCUAUUGAUGUUAACCAUAAGGAUGAAGUUUACGAUGGAAAGGUACCUGAUAUUAUUGAUAAUGCGUUCGUCAUCGUGGAGUUCGACAAUGGUUCUCGUGGAAUGCUUGACCUUUGCAUGUUCGCUGAGGGCAGUAAGAAUGAGCAGGAGAUUUCCGUCGUCGGAGACAUCGGAAAGGGCGAGGCUUUUGUUCCGGAGAGUAUAGUGAGGGUCGGAAGCAGAAAAGAAGGUCGGGCUGGAGUUGUAACAAUAAAGGCCGAGGAUAAGCGAAUCAAGUAUGAUGGGCUGCAUCAUGGAUCGAGCUACUUGGAACACCUAAACUUCUUGUCUGCAAUCAAAGCUCGUGGCAGCGGCGCCCCGUCCGUCAGCUUAAUCGACGGACUGUACUCCGUUGCUAUGGGCGUCGCUGGCCAGCUUUCGAUCGAGAAAGGCCGAUUCGUCACCAUCGAAGAAGUCUUAACUGGCUAACCAAGAUGUUUGAGCGGCUGCGCGAAGCUAUUUCGACUGUUCCUUUUAUGAUGAAUAAUAGAUCCAUGAAGUGUUGUUUUUUCAAGUGGUGUAUCCACAAAAAGGUUGUGAAAUUUGUUAGUGCUCUUCAAUGGCUUGAUAUUAGGUAUUGCUUCUCCUUUAAAGGGCCGUUUAGUUGGACGCAAUUAUAUAUGCAUGUGUAGUUAGAUAUAUGUAUCUUGAAAAUACAGCAAUUAUAAUUACACGUCUUAUUUGAUUAUAUGUGAUAGAAAAUAUUAUAAUCAUAUAUAAUUUAUUUAGUUGUAUGCA